AUGAUGAAGAACGGCGGCGGCUCGAAGCGACGGCCGCAACAGCGGCGCCCGGGGACAUCUGAUGACGAGGAAGUAUGCGUUACCGCGGACGACCAGCAGCUGAUCAAUCGUUUCGCGAGACUUCACCAGAAAUCCAUGGAAAUUAAGGUAGGUUCUGUCAUGCAGUAA